GCUGGCCGUCUGUCUGGGAUACCGUGCCGCUGGCACUCCGCAGACGGGACAUGCUUGCACGCAUGGCAAGUGGGUGUUUGUGUGGUGACCAGUGACCACUGAUCGUUCGCGGUCAUAGCGUCGCCGAUCACGUGCGCGCGUGCCAAGAGCCGCACCUCGUUCUGAAAGCAGAAACUUGAUUGCAUCAGCGUCCUACGAUCGACCACGUCUUCGCACCGCGACGAAAGCUGUCACCGCACACAGCUGCCAUCUGAUCACAGUGCCUGUGAUCGGAUAUCCCACCGAGGUCGCCCACCAUGCCGCCUCCGCCGCACACGAGGCCGGAGAACGUCCUCAAGCGCGCCCAGGAACUCAUCGGCGUCGACCAGAAGCAGGCCGCCCUGUCCAUCCUCCACGAACAUGUCACCUCGAAGCGGACUCGAAACAGCACCAUUGCCGCGCUGGAGCCGGUAAUGCUCCUGUUUGUUGAGCUGUGUGUCGAGCUGCGAAAAGGCAAGUCGGCCAAGGAUGGUCUGUACAACUACAAGAACACCAGCCAGAAUACAAAUGUUGCCACCAUUGAGCUCGUGUUCCGACACUUUAUCGAGCUGGCCGAGAAGAGAGUGACGGAAGCCCAAGCGAAGGCGGAUGAGGUCUCAGCGCAGGGCGCCGCGUCUGGCGAUGGCGAGGCGGCGGACAGCACGUUGGCCAAUGUCACCGACUUGGAGGCCAUGGAAACCCCAGAGUCCAUCCUGCUGUCUACUGUAUCGGGCGAGCAUUCCAAGGACCGCACCGAUCGUGCUAUAGUGACCCCAUGGUUGAAGUUCCUUUGGGAGACUUACCGCACAGUCCUGGACAUCUUCAAGAACAAUGCUCGACUUGAAGUCAUGUACCAGACCACCGCUCACCAGGCCUUUCAAUUCUGUCAAAAGUACACGAGGAAGACAGAGUUCCGUCGUCUCUGUGAACUUCUUCGCAACCAUCUGCAGAACGCGGCCAAGUAUUCCCAGCAGGUGCAUGCUAUCAACCUGAGCGAUCCAGAAACACUUCAGCGUCAUCUCGAUACUCGAUUCAUGCAGCUCAACGUUGCGGUAGAACUUGAACUGUGGCAGGAGGCAUUCAAGAGCGUGGAAGACAUCCACACUCUCCUCAGCUUGUCCAAGCGACAGCCAAAGAACUCCAUGAUGGCGAACUAUUACGAGAAGCUCACUCGCAUUUUCCUGGUCAGCGAGAACUACCUCUUCCACGCUGCAUCAUGGAGCCGCUAUUACAACCUGCUCAACUUGUCUGCGAGGCAAGUGGCAGCUGGCGCGGCAAAGAAGGACAAUCCCAGCAACAUUUCUGACACCGACCUUUCAAAGGCUGCUUCUUUCGUGCUGCUUUCUGCGCUCUCCAUCCCUGUCAUCAGCACUUCACGCUCUCGAGGUGCGCUGAUCGAUGUCGACGCCGCUCGAAACACGAAGAAUGUCCGCUUGACCAAUCUUCUGGGUAUGAACUCGCCGCCCUCGCGUGCGAUUCUGUUCAAGGAUGCAUUGAACAAGGACAUUUUGCAACGCGCCCGCCCCGAGAUCCGAGAUCUGUACAACAUCUUGGAGACUGACUUUCACCCUAAGUCAAUUUGCGAGAAAGUUUCCCCAAUUCUGUCGCAGAUCGGCGCCGAUGAAGAGAUGAAGCGAUACGUCCUCCCGCUACAGCAGGUCAUCCUCACACGCCUCUUCCAGCAGCUUUCUCAAGUCUAUACCGAUGUCAAACUGGAAGAUGUCCUGGCUCUUGCACGCUUCCCAGAUCCAUUCCAAGUAUCUGCUGCUACCAUCGAGAAGUUCAUCAUGAACGGCUGCAAGAAGGGGGAUCUUUCCAUCCGAAUCGAUCACUCCACCGGCAUCCUGACCUUCGACUCUGAUGUGUUCUCGUCGGCGAAGGCCAUGCAUCCGGGCUCUGGUGCUGGAUCUGCUGAAGCCGAUGCAAGCUCCGUACAGCGAUUGCAGAGCACGCCUGCAGAGAUUGUUCGAUCGCAACUGUCCCGACUCUCCAAGGCACUCUAUAUUGCCGCACAGUACGUGGACCCCUCGUUCAACGAGGACCGCCAAAAGUCGCGUCUCGCAGCGCUCAAGCGAGCUGAAGCGGGCGCUGAAAAAGAGCACGCCGAUCUCCUUGCGCGCCGAGAGAUCAUUCAAAAGAAGAAGGAGACUGCCGCGAACGUGCAACUUGCGAGACAGAGAGAGGAGGAGCAGAAGCGUAGAGCUCGCCAGCAGGAACUGCAGGCUGCCGAGACCGAGCGUCUAGCACAAGAGACGAGAGAGCGUGAAGAGCGCCGACUUCAGGCCGAGCGGAAGAAGGUGCAGCGUGAGGAGGCUGAGAAGCAACUUCAGGAACUGAAGAAGGGGGUGAAGGGCGUGGACAUUUCUGAACUCGAUAUCGACAACCUCGAUACUGGUAAGAUUCGCAUGCUCAAGUUGCAGGCACUGGAACGGGAGAAGAACGAGAUCGGCGACAAAGUGCGCAUCGCUGGCAAGCGGAUCGACCACUUGGAGCGCGCAUACAGGAAAGAAGAGAUCAAGCACCUUGCUGACGACUACGCCAAGCAACGCGAGCACGAUUAUAAGGCCUGGGAAGACAGCAAGAAUGAAACCUUGGAAGCGGCGCAGGAGAAGCACAAGCAGGAAGUGGCACUGAAGCAUCGUUUGAGCAGACUCGUUGGACCAUACGAGGGAUUCAAGCGCACCAUCACCGAACAACGUCAUGCAGACUUUGAGAAGCGCCGUAAGGCCGCAGAACGCGAGCUCAAUGCUGCCAUGGACAAGAGACGACGUGAGGUUCGUGAGGCCAGAGCCAACGCGAAACGCCGAGCAGAGGAAGAGGAGCGCGCUCGACGUGAGGAGGAGGAACGUGCACGCAUCGAAGAAGAAGAAGCUGCUCGUGCCGCUGAAGAAAAGAGAAUCAAAGACGCCGAGGCCAAGGCGGACGCAGAGAGACGUCGCCAGGAGCGUGCAGAGGCGGCCAAGAAGCAAAUGGAGCGUGAGGAGGAAGCAGAGCGUAGACGCCUUGAGCGCAAGCAAGGUGGUGCUGCUGCCGGUGCUGGCGCUGCUUCUAGGACAUUCGAGCGCCGUGCUGAGCCUGGCCCUGAGCCGAUCGCGUCCUCAGGCCCUCCCCGCCUGGCGCUUGCUGGCAACAAGCCUUCAUGGCGCGAGCGUGAGGCGAUGAAGACCGCACAAGGAGGCGCGCCUGCGAGCGAGACUGCUGCCCCGGCCGAAGAGCGUGCGCCUGCGGAGGCGACUCAGCCAAAGCGGAGUGGCUACAUUCCGCCCGCCCUACGUGGCAAAGCUCCCGGCUCCGAUUCUGCAUCACCCGCCGCUGAACCCAAGACUGAGCGAUGGCAACCGCGACCUCGCCCUGCGGAGGGUGAGCGCGAGCCUGCGGGCGACCGGUGGGCUUCUCGACGGCAGGGAGAGACUCCGAGAGGAGACACCCCUCCCGCUCCAGCAGGUGGUGCGUACAAGCCGCCGUCUCAACGCACUGGUGGCGCAUACAGGCCUCCAGGAGCACGUUAAUGUGGAAAUGAGCGAGACAUGAAGAGACAUGGAAAGUACUUCUUAUGAAAUUUGUGCGAGCAAAUCGAAAGUGCUUGAAGGCGUUUUGCAUGGAAGUCACAUCGGCGCGUCGUUCAAUCAAGUAGGCAGCUAGCACAGCGCUUCAAAUGCUGAGAUCAGCUCUGAAUCAUCACAACACGAGUAGAUUGGUCCCGUGCAAGACAAUGAUGAUGACGUUUGGAACAUGGUAGCAUAACGGUAGUCCUAACGUGUCACAUGCGCAUGACCUGGUCACGGAC